AUGCCUACUCCUGCUUCUGCUCUUGUUUUCUCUGUACUCUGUUUCCUCUCUAUCAUCAUCAUCAUCACUGCAUCAUCUACACCCAACACCAUCAACCUCCCUCUCUCGCCCUUAUUCACCACACACCCUUCUUCACACCCAUUCCAAACCCUCAAACUCGCCGUUUCAACCUCCAUCAAAAGAGCCCACCACCUCAAAAAUCACCAACCCAACCAACUCAAAACCCAGAUUCACCCCGAAAGCUACGGAGGAUACUCCAUCGACCUCAAUUUCGGAACCCCACCAGAAACCUUCUCCUUUGUUCUCGACACCGGAAGCACCCUCGUCUGGCUCCCAUGCUCUUCCCACUACCGAUGCUCAAAUUGCAACUCCUUCCCCAAUACACCCAAAUCUUUCAUCCCCAAAAACUCUUCUUCCUCUAAGUUUGUGGCCUGCACAAACCCCAAAUGCGCGUGGGUCUUCGGCGCCAACGUCGAAUCGCAUUGUUGCAAACAAAACAGCGCCACCGCCAACUGUUCACAAACAUGCCCUGCUUACUCCAUCCAAUACGGGAUGGGCUCAACCGCGGGCUUUCUCCUCUUGGAAAAUCUCAACUUUCCCGGGAAAAUCCUCCCCGAUUUUCUCGUCGGCUGCUCCAUCGUCUCUGUCUACCAGCCCGCGGGAAUCGCCGGCUUCGGCCGCGGCCCAGACUCCCUUCCGUCGCAGAUGAACCUUACUGGAUUCUCAUACUGCUUACUCUCGCACCAAUUCGACGACUCGUCGGAAACCAGCGACCUCGUCUUGCACACUUCCUCCCCCGGCAACGAAAAUACCAGCGGCGUCAGCUACACGCCUUUUCAGAAAAACCCUUCCACUAAAAACCCCGCGUUCGGUUCGUACUAUUACAUCAGUCUCAUGAGAAUCAUCGUUGGGGAGAAGCGCGUGCAGGUUCCGACAAGAUUUCUGGAGCCUGACGUUGACGGUAAGGGUGGGUCUAUCGUGGACUCGGGGUCCACCUUCACCUUCAUGGAGAGGCCAAUUUUUUAUUUGGUGGCACAGGAGUUCUCGAAGCAGGUGAACUACACGCGCGCCAGGGAGGUUGAGCAAGAAUCCGGGUUGAGUCCGUGUUUUGUGGUGUCUGGAACGGCGUCGUUUCCGGAGCUUCGGUUUGAGUUCCUGGGCGGCGCGAAGAUGAGGCUACCGCAGACGAAUUAUUUCUCGUUAGUCGGAAAGCCCGACGUGGCAUGUUUGACUAUUGUGACCGAUGACGUGGCGGGUCCCGGCGUGGCAAGUGGGCCCGCUGUGAUAUUGGGGAACUAUCAGCAGCAGAAUUUGUACGUUGAGUAUGACUUGCGAAACGAGAGGUUCGGGUUUCGGAGUCAGAACUGCAAAACGCGCGUUUAA